UUGUUAGGGUUGUCGUAUCCAGAAAAUACAUUAAAAAUAAAUUAAGAGUGAAGAGUUCUGGAAUUUAUGAUACAUUUUCAUUGCUUGGAAUCAAUCGGCCGCUUGAUGAUUCUUCAGUGACAACUGCACUAUACGAGAGGAACCCGUCUUCUCCUUCUUCUCUUUUAGAUGGAUACUGGAGGCAAUUCUUUACCCUCUGGGAGCGAUGGGGUUAAGAGAAAAGUGUGUUAUUUCUAUGAUCCAGAGGUGGGAAAUUAUUACUAUGGACAGGGGCACCCGAUGAAGCCACAUCGCAUUCGGAUGACUCAUGCCCUUCUCGCCCAUUAUGGAUUGCUUCAGCAUAUGCAAGUCCUCAAGCCUUUUCCUGCCAGAGAUAGGGAUCUUUGUCGCUUUCAUGCCGACGAUUACGUGUCUUUUCUCAGGAGUAUUACACCUGAAACUCAGCAGGAUCAACUCCGGCAGCUUAAGCGCUUUAAUGUCGGUGAAGAUUGCCCUGUCUUUGAUGGACUUUAUUCCUUUUGUCAAACUUAUGCUGGUGGCUCCGUUGGUGGAGCCGUCAAGUUGAACCACGGUCUGUGCGAUAUUGCUGUCAACUGGGCUGGUGGGCUGCACCACGCUAAGAAAUGUGAAGCUUCUGGUUUUUGCUAUGUCAAUGAUAUUGUCUUGGCUAUUUUGGAGCUUCUUAAGCAGCAUGAGCGUGUCUUAUAUGUGGAUAUUGAUAUCCAUCAUGGAGAUGGUGUGGAGGAGGCGUUUUAUACUACUGAUAGGGUCAUGACUGUUUCAUUCCACAAGUUUGGAGACUAUUUUCCUGGUACAGGGGACAUACGUGAUAUUGGUUAUGGAAAAGGAAAGUACUAUUCUCUUAAUGUUCCAUUGGAUGAUGGGAUUGAUGAUGAAAGCUAUCACUACUUGUUCAGACCAAUAAUUGGAAAAGUGAUGGAAGUUUUUAAGCCUGGUGCUGUGGUUCUCCAAUGCGGUGCUGACUCAUUGUCUGGGGAUAGGUUAGGAUGCUUCAACCUUUCAAUCAAAGGUCAUGCAGAAUGUGUCAAAUUUAUGAGAUCAUUCAAUGUGCCACUCUUGUUGGUGGGAGGUGGUGGCUAUACCAUUCGGAAUGUUGCUCGUUGCUGGUGCUACGAGACUGGAGUUGCCCUUGGUAUGGAACUUGAGGACAAGAUGCCACAACAUGAGUAUUAUGAGUAUUUUGGUCCAGACUAUACUCUUCAUGUUGCUCCAAGUAACAUGGAGAAUAAGAAUUCAAGACAGUUACUUGAGGAUAUACGAAGUAAGCUUCUUGAGUAUCUCUCAAAGCUUCAGCAUGCACCCAGCGUCCAGUUUCAGGAAAGACCACCUGAUACUGAAAUUCCAGAGGCAGAUGAAGAUCAAGAUGAUCCAGAUGAGAGGUGGGAUGCAGAUUCUGACAUGGAAGUGGAUGAUGAACGAAAACCUCUACCAAACAGAGUAAAGAGAGAAAUGGUUGAACCUGAGCCAAAAGAUCUGGAGGGCCAUAAGGGAAUUGCUGAGCAUGCUAGAGGGUUUGAUACAAACGCUGAUGAAACUGCAAACACAAAGGUAUUGGAUACAAAUUCAAUGCAAAUUAAUGAAGCAAGUGUAAAAGUAGAACAAGAAAACAUGAACAAGGCAUCUGAUCACAUGUACCCAAAGCCAUGAGUGAAACUCACCUAAACAUCAGUCAUCGGUCAGUAAUGUAUUAAGGCAGCGGAUCUCUCAUUUAAUUGAAGAUGUAGAUACAUCUAUCCGAAUGAAUGAAUAUUUGUACUGGUUCUAUAAAAAUGAUUGUCUAUCCAAGUGUGGUUUCUUCAAGUCACAUAUUGAGUUCUGUAUUAAGACUGCACCGUAAUCUAACAUCAUUGGAGGUUUUCUAUGUUGUGGGAACAAACCUCAUUUGUUUAUGCAAUGGUCUGCUCUACUAUUAUAUUCUA